ACAGGGUUCUAGUUAUCUGUCGGGAUUUCCUUAUAGUGUAGAAUUUUCUGUCAAUUUUAAUUAGGAAAGUAUAGUACAGUUAUUUAAUAUGACCAAUAUUGCAUAAACAUUGAAAACAACAAUGGAGAAUAAAGAUUCCUUCAAAAAUGCCCGAAAAUAUUUUAAAAGCUGGGCACCUGAGCGACGAAGAGUUCUCAUGGAACUGAAAAAAAUAAGAGAUGAAAUUCAACAACAAGCUAAGAAUCAUUCCAUUGGAAACAUCGCAUAUUCCAUUUUCGGGCUUAUAGGCGGGAUACUGAGCAUUGCGGGCAUAGCGAUGGCUCCUGUCACUUUUGGGACUUCUUUCAUUUUAACAAUGACCGGGAUUGCUACGGGGGUAACUUCCGGUGUCGCGGGGCUUACCCAUGGGGUAGUCAAAAUUGGAAUAGUGAAAAAACACUGUAAUCAGGCAAAGGCACAUUUGGAAAAACAUGAGACAACGUGCAAAGAAAUGAAACGAUUAAUUAAAUUGCUGGAACUGGCUACUGACCCUAAAAUAAAUGAUAGUAAUACGUUGGAAAUUUCACAGGUAUGUCAAGGGGUAAAACAAGCAGGGAGCAUCGCAGCUCUCGGCAAACGCAUUUUUGAUUUGGUGGAAAAGACAAGUGCUUUGGGUGUACAUCGUAUCACAGGAAAUGCAGACGAGGUUGCCAGAUUGUUGCGUCUUGGUACAGCAUUGGACGACAUUGCUCCAACAGCAGCGAAAAGUGUCUCUAAAGGAGUCACCAAACUGUCUACCGAGGCUCUAAGUACUCUGGCGGCCAUCGGAAUCAUCAUUGAUUUGGGAUCUUUAAUUUGGAAUGCAGUAGACUUGUCUAAAAUCGAAAAGGGCCAACUGUGCGCUGAGGCAGAGAAGCUUCAAAAAGUUAUCGAGCAAAUGCAACGUGAAUACGACGUUUUAAAAGAAUGUUUCUCGUGACAAGAAGCUUAGAGUUUUGUUAUUGAUAAGUUUAUUAGACCUAUCUUUGUAAAAUAACAUUACUAAAUACUAUGUCACAUAUAUAUGUUUCUACGCAUAAAGAUACUGUAUUUUUAAUUUGUUGAGUAAUUAAAAAAAAAUAGUAUAACAGGAAACGCAGAUGAGGUUGCAUGCCCGGUUGUUGCACCUUGGUACAGCAUUUGACGACAUUGUUCCUUCAGCAAUGAAAGAUACUAGCAUUUCCAAGGGGGCAUCAAUCUCCAUUGGACUUUGUUUUAGGAUCCUUAAUUUGGAAUGCAGUCGACUUGUCUUAAAUCUAACCGGGCCAGCAAUGCGCAGAGAAAUUUCAAAAAGUUAUCGAGCAAAUGCAACAUGAACAAGCUAAAAUCGAGAAUCUGUGUCCAUCGCUGAAGGAAAAAUGAAGAGAAUACACUGCCUUGGGAGGGGGUUGAGUGGAGA